AGAGAAGAGAGAGGUACUAGUUUUGUUCAUCCAACCUUCUAAUUCUUCUUAUUCAGACCACAACUUUCUCAUAUUCCCAAAUCUAACCCCUAAACUUCCCAUUAAUUUCAUAACAGUCCCUCUCGUCUCUCUUCUUCUUCUUCCAUUUCCAAUUUCCAGAGCAAAACCCAAACUCAACACAGUCUUCUUCCUCUGACUCUCUCUCUCUCUCUCCUCAAUCAGGGCUUACAAAGUCUUCGUUUUCUCAGGGAGAGGAACAGGGUUCUGCGUUUGAGAUCCGAGAUCUUAAAGCAGUGCCUGCCUCUUCAUUUGAUCUCGUUUCACAUUCAUGUGUUGAGAGUUCUCUAAUCUUUUACAACUUCAAAAAUGGGUUUAUUGUUCAGUCGGAUGUUCUCUUCGGUUUUUGGCAAUAAAGAAGCUCGGAUCCUCGUCCUUGGUCUCGACAAUGCCGGGAAAACCACCAUUCUUUAUCGGCUACAGAUGGGGGAAGUUGUCUCCACCAUUCCAACAAUUGGAUUUAAUGUUGAGACAGUUCAGUAUAACAACAUCAAAUUCCAAGUCUGGGAUCUGGGUGGACAAACAAGUAUCAGGCCAUACUGGAGAUGCUAUUUUCCAAAUACCCAAGCCAUAAUCUAUGUUGUUGAUUCUAGUGACACUGAUAGACUUGUAAUAGCUAAAGAGGAGUUUCAUGCAAUAUUGGAGGAGGAAGAAUUGAGAGGCGCAGUUGUUCUCAUUUUUGCAAACAAGCAGGAUCUUCCUGGUGCACUAGAUGAUGCUGCAAUCACAGAGGCUUUGGAGCUGCACAAGAUUAAGAACCGCCAAUGGUCAAUUUUUAAAACUUCUGCCAUCAAAGGAGAAGGUCUCUUCGAGGGCUUGGACUGGCUGAGCAAUACACUGAAAUCUGGAGGUGGCUAACUCAAUUCGGCUCAGAGAAGAACUACAAGAUUGUUGCUGUGUGGCCAUUCGCGAAUCUCAGAAGGCUGACGGUAUUUACUUGGUAUGAAAUUCUGAUAGAAAAUUCUUGUUUCAAAUGUCAUUGUCCAUUGACCUCUGAUUUUUUUUUUUCUCUUCUACCAUUUUGGAUUAGACAAGCUGAUAUACAUGUAAAAUUUUCAUUAUAGAUCACUUGUGUUUGUCAUAAAACAAAUUCAUCUAUGUUAGUUUCUCUUUUGUU